GCAGGGGCAGAGAGAGGAAGGGAAGCGCCGUGCCCAACAAGUGCAAGAGGGUGAGCGAGAGGGGGCCAGCCAUUCCUCUCUUCUCUACCACCUACUCCCCUCUCUCUCCUCCCCCCUUCUCUCUAGGAUCGCCAGCCAGCCAGCCAGCGCCAGCCAAUCGCGCACCCACAGCGCGCGCGCCUCCCAACUGAGCCCCGAGAAAGAAGAAGAAGAAGAAGCAGAGGAACAGAGAGGGAGAGAGAGCAAUCCCUCGUCCAAAAGUGAACAAGUGUUCUUGCCCUCCGGUCCUCUGCGCCCGCCAUGUCCAUUGAUGAAGGCUAUGGCCCUACCUGGGACAGCGACGACGAGUACGACAACUUCAUACGCAAGAUGAACCCGCCAAGUAUCAUCAUCGACAACGAUUCGUUGGCGGACGCGACGAUUGUCAAGGUUGGUAGUGCAAACGAGUAUGGGAUUCUGCUGGAAGUGAUCCAAGUCCUCAUGGAUCUCAAUCUAGUGAUAAGCAAGGCAUACAUAACAUCAGAUGGGGGCUGGUUCAUGGAUGUUUUCAAUGUGACUGAUAAGGAAGGGAUGAAAUUGAAAGACAAGGCUGCUAUUGCGGAGAUUGAGGGCUACAUCCGGAAGUCCUUGGGCGCAGAUUCAAGGUACAUGCCUGCUAAACGGAGAUCGGUGGGUGUCGCCGCUUCAACCGACCACAAUGUCAUUGAGCUGACAGGGAGCGACCGUCCAGGCCUGCUCUCUGAAGUCAGCGCUGUGCUUGCAAGCCUCAAAUGCAAUGUGGUCAGUGCUGAGAUUUGGACCCAUAACACCAGAGUCGCAGCCGUGAUGCGAGUCAGUGAUGAGGACACCAUGCUAGCCGUCACCGAUACCGUGAGGCUUGAAAUGAUCAAGGAGCGACUGUCCUACCUUCUCCGAGGAAACAAUCUCUCGCGAGGAGCUGCCAUGGCAGACGCAUCGGGGACUUCUGCCACACACACCGAGAGAAGGCUGCACCAGAUGAUGCUUAGUGACGGGGACACUGAAGAGUUUCAUGGGCAUGUCCCAGCUCAACCUCAGAAGCCUAAUGUCACUGUUCGGAAUUGGAAAGACAAGGACUACUCGGUGGUGACCAUCCGGUGCAAGGACAGGCCGAAGCUUCUGUUCGACACUGUUUGCACCUUGACAGACCUGCGCUAUGUUGUCUACCAUGCAAACAUUGACGCCAACAAUAAUCAAGCGUACCAGGAAUUCUAUGUAAGACAUGUGAAUGGAUCUCCAAUGAACACUGAAGCUGAAAGAUUGAGAGUCAUCCAGUGCCUUGAAAGCGCAAUUGAGCGCAGGGUAUCUGAGGGUGUGAAACUUGAGCUGUGUUCAAAUGACAAGGUCGGCCUCCUGUCGGAGGUCACCCGCAUCUUCCGGGAGAACAGCCUGACUGUCACAAGAGCAGAGGUUAGCACCAAAGGCAGGACAGCCGUCAACACAUUCUACGUCCGCAGCUCUGCGGGGGAGGCAGUUGACCAGAAGACCAUUGAUUCCAUCAGGGAAGCCAUAGGACACAACAUUCAGGUGAAAGGCCACCCUGAGGCGGCGCCUCAGAAGAAAGAGUCCCCGACAUGGUUCCUCUUCGCAAACUUAUUCCGACCAAGGUCUCUCCCUAGUCUUGGAUUGUUCGUGCGGUAAUGCUCUCAUCGAACUCGGAGAACAUCUCUGUCAAUCAAGCCUUAACUGCUGAAGCGGUCCGUGAGAAUUGGAGCCUACAUUUGGCUCCACUAGUGCAGAGUUAGUUUACAUACAUUAUAUUGUGUUGAUCAUAGACCAUCAUCACCUGUAAAUAUGCAUUGUACAUAGAGUGUAAAUACAACUGUAGGAAGUAUUAUCAAUAAAGAAUCCGGAACCGUUACCGCCUCGGA